ACUGUGACUUUUGAAGACGUGGCUGUGUACUUCUCCUGGGAGGAAUGGGAUCUCCUUGAUGAGGCUCAGAGAUGCCUGUACCGUGACGUGAUGCUGGAGAACUUGACACUUAUAACCUCCCUUGGUUGUUGGUGUGGAGCAGAGGAUGAGGCACCUGAACAGAGUGUUUCUGUAGAAAGAAUGUCACAGGUCAGGUUUUCCAAGGCAGGUCUGUCUUCCCAGAGGGCGCCCCCAUGUGAGAUGUGUAGCCCGAUCUUGAAAGACAUUUUGCACUUGGCUGAGAACCUGGAAACACGUCGUGGACAGAAGCUGUACAGGUUUGGCCCAUGUGGGAAGCAAUUAUGUUUCAAUGCAAACCUCCAUCAGCACCAGAAGCAGGACAUUGGAGGGAAACCCUUCGGAAUCAAUGUGAGCAGAGCGUUGGUUGUGAAUGAUUGCAAAUUCCACGUGUCUGGGAAGCCCUUUACUUGCAGGGAGGUUGGGAAGGGCUUCCUGGCCUUAUCAGGACACUUCCAGGUACAAACCACUCACACUGAAGAAAAGUCAAAUACCACGACCGAGUGUGGGGCAGCGUUUCAUAGACGAAAACCUCUUUACAACUCUGGAGAAUACAUGAAAGCUUUGAGCUGCAAACAUACACUUGUUCAGCGCCAAAGUGUCCUCACUAGAGAAAGAUGUUAUGUGUGCAGUGAAUGUGGGAAAUCGUUUAGCCAAAGUUACAGCCUUAUUAGACACUGGAGAGUUCACUCAGGAGAAAGGCCUUAUAAGUGCGGGGAGUGUGGGAAAUCCUUUAGUAAAAGCUAUACCCUCAAUAAUCACCAGAGAGUUCACACUGGAGAAAGGCCUUAUGAAUGUGGGAAAUGUGGGAAAACCUUUACCCAUAGCUCUAACCUCAUGAAACACCAGAGAGUUCACACUGCAGAAAGGCCUUAUGAAUGCAAGGAAUGUGGGAAAUCUUUUACCUACAGGUCUAUUCUCUUGGAACACCAGAGAGUUCACACUGGAGAAAGGCCUUAUGAGUGCAGCGAGUGUGGGAAAUCAUUUAGCCAAAGGUCCCACCUCAAUAACCAUGGGAGAAUUCACACUGGAGAAAGGCCAUAUGAAUGCUGUGAAUGUGAGAAAUCCUUUAGCCAUAGCUCUAGCCUCAUUAAACACCAGAUAGUUCACACUGGGGAAAGGCCCUAUGAGUGUGGAGAAUGUGGAAAAUCCUUUUACCAAAAUUCUGGCCUCAUUCAACACCAGAGAGUUCACACUGGAGUAAGGCCUUAUGAGUGUGAUGAAUGUGGAAAAUUGUUUAGUAACAAGUCCAACCUCAAUAAACAUUGGAGAGUUCACACUGGAGAAAGGCCUUAUGAGUGUAGUGAAUGUGGGAAAUCUUUUAGUCAGAGCUCCAGUCUCAUUCAACACCAGAAAGUACACACUAGAUAAAGGCCUUAUGAGUCAUGCUAUGAACCGAACAUUUAUGUUCCCCAAAAUUCCUAUGUCAAAACCCUAUCCUCAUUAGGGUAGUAUUAGGUACCACAUUAGUGGUGGUAUUAGGAAGGGACGUCUUUGGGAGGUAAUUAGGGUUAGAAUAGGUUGUAGACUAGAGCCCUCAUAGAUAGGAUUAGUGUUCUAGGAAGAGUCCUGAGAGAGCUUGCUUUGUCUGUCUCCCAUGUGAGGACCCUUUGAGAAGAUUGUCAUCUAUGAAUGGGGAAGUAGGUCCUCAUCAGACACAAAGCCUGACCACGUGGGAACUGUGAUGUCAGAUCUCCAGCCUCCACAAUUGAGAAAUAAGUUUCUGUUGUUUAUAAGCCACCCAGUUUAUUAUAGUUUGUUAUAGCAGCCUGAGCUAAGACAAAUGUGGAGAAUAUGGGUAAUGGUUUAGCCAAAGAUACAGUCUCAUAAAAAUCAGAGAAUUCACACUGGAGCAAAGCCUUAUGAGUGGGUGAAUGUCGCAAUUCCUUUAGCCAGUCAUCUGUCUUCAUUCCACACUUCAGAGUUCACACUGCAGAAAGGCUUUAACAUAACAGAACGUGAUAUUUGCUUGCUUAGUGUAAUUACACUGGAGGAGAACGUUCGUUCAUCUGAAUGUCCAUAGUGGAUUGGUUUCCCAUAAGUUCCAGCUAUUUGGAGAACUUCCACAAACUACAUUGUGCUUUCCAACUUGCCCAGAGUCCUUGCUAGCUUUAAGUCACUGCCAGUUUCUGUGGCAGAAGUCAUUCACCUAUGCCGCCUGGCAGGGCCCCACAGUGUACAUCUGUUACCACCUCAACAUGCUUAGUGAAGCUGAUCUCUGCUCUCAUUUGUUGAUUGAAAUGGGUAAGUGGUACCCUCAGGAGAUCCCCAUUUCGCUCUAAGUUAGGGCAUAGAUUUGACCCGUUGUUGGCCCAGAGUACCCGAGCUGAGUUCUGGGUGGUAUCUUGCAGAGAAAGACUACGUCUCUUAGAGACGUUGGUCUCAUGUGAUGCUUGUGAUAAAUCUUUGCAGUUUCCAAGUCGCCAACCCAGCAAUUUUGCACCACACAUUGCUCGGGUUCAUGCAAUAAUAAAAGCCUUUUUGUUAGAUUACCUUUAAUCUUGGGUGUUCUAUUCAUCCUGAGGGGUGGUUUGAAGCGAGAGUUGGGCUCUACCACCGUGAAAGGGGUGAACGAAUUUCACUGGGUCUGUAUCAAACCAAUACACAAUCCACACUGAUUUGAAAUUGCUCACACACUAAUCCGAAGGGCCUAAUGCCCUGUACAAAUCUAAAUUCACAAAAAUAUCAGUCCACCCUGUGGUUCUAAAUCGCUUACAACUUUCAUCACAAUCAAUCAUAUUUUCUGAGUAUUUUUUCCUUUGACACACAUUCUUUUACACCAUAGUUUAAUGACCAGUUUAAGCAACCAUAUUCCUAAUAUUAGCAAAAGCGUAGUAAAGAAGUCUUUAAUGUAAUGCCAUAUCCAGUCACCAAAAGACCAGAAAUUAAGUUUCUUAAGCCGCUCAGUUAAACUUCCUUGGCGAUUGCAUUUCCGUGUAAAAGCCAUUUAUAAAGCCCCAGGGGUUACAAGCUUGGAUAGCAUUGUUAGGCAUUACCUAAGAAUUUAAAACUGUCAUAACUUUAGGAAAAGCAUGUUGUUGUUCAAUUCCUGCAAAGUUAUGUUGACUAUUAGUCUCAUCUUCUAGAUGUUCUUUUACUUGUCUUAAGUUUUCUAAUGUAUGAUUUACAUUUAUUUUAGGAGGUUCAAUGUGGAGUAUUUGUGCUGUUAUUCUAAUGGUUCCUUUAUCUUCUAUUGACCUCGAGUAAUAUCUUUUUCCAUCUUUUGUUAGAUUCAUUGCCUGUUCUAGUUUUACACAUCCCAUCAUGUGUUGUGUUCCUUAUUUUCCCUUGACCUUGAUAGGGUAGGGUAAGGUUUGGCUUAGAGCUUACUAUCAUGGUCCAGUUUCACAUAUUAUAUGUAACUGGUUGAGGAGGCAUCAAGGCUAUAAUCAUGGGUACUUGAACCAAUGAAUAUAUAGGUAUAUUCAAAGGUCUAGCAGUAAUAAGGGUAUUUUGAUUCCAUUCCACUAACACAUCCUUAGGAACAUGUUUUCCUUCUAUCAUAAGGGGGCUUUCUGUGGCCUGUAGGCUCCACUCUCCCUUUUGAUAUUGGGGAACCACAAAAGUGUAGUAACCCAUUGUCAUAUUUCCUCUUUAAGUGCCAAUAUUUUAAUUUCACAGUUGCCCAAGGAAUCACAGCUAUUAGGAUGUAGGGUAUCUACUCUAGUUCUAGUUGGAUUGUCUGUUAUCUCAGGCUAGCAGUAUUGACCUGAGAUCAUAGCUGUCUAAGAGUGUUCCAUGUAUCAACCAAUCUUAACUGCAACAAUCUACACUUAAAAGAAACAUCUUUUGGGGGCCGGCCUGGUGGUGCAGCAGUUAAGUGCACAUGUUCCGCUUGGGCAGCCCGGGGGUUCACUGAUUCCG